UCGUUUAUCAUGUUUAUCCUGAUAUUCAUUUGCAUAAAAUGCAGCAGGGAUGAAGGGCUUCUCCUUCUGCCUGGCUCCAGUGCUGAGGUGCCAGCAGCACGUGGCUCUGGCAUUGGCAUCCCUGGGCUUCGGGUAUGCACUGAUGCAUAACGGGGUGAAAAGAGAAACAGCUCUGGAAUUCAGCUCAUUCCAAUGGUGCCUGUGAACCCAGCUCCGUGACUGCUUUCCUCUGUACCCAGUGUGCUACGAGCACAGAACAAAAAGGAAUAUUCUGUCCCAGUGUGGUGAAUCAGAAACCCUUCAGAAAUCAGUUCCCAUAGACCAGGGCCCUCUCCACAUCCUUCCGAAGAAAUUGUCAGCCUGAGAGUUCUGCUCUCAUUGCUUUUCAGUAAAGUCAGACCGGGAUCCUGGAGCCGAGAUGUCGUAUGUCUGACUCAUGCAUCAUCACUGGCAUUUACCACUAUCUGCAUUAACUGCAGUGCAGGAGAAUCUCCUUUCUGAUCUGAUAUCCAGGCUCGUACGUGGCUACAGAAAUUGGACUCUUGGAUGAGAUUCAGCUGACCAAACUUAUGCUUUCCGAGAAAGCAGUUCAUUUCUUCCCAAAAUACGUGUCUCCACUGGUCACAUGAAUCAGUCUAAAUGAGCCAGGAGGCCAGGAAGGCUCAGCUCAGAGGGAGACAUCCUCUCUGUAGACAUCUAAAAUUAGUUGAAAUUAGUCUUGGAUGAGAUGGAUCCAAAGGUAGUUAAUGCUUGAUGCUUUUGAAAGAGAAAUUACAGCUUCAUGGGUAUGGGGCAGAAGACUGCACCUCCUCAAGGGCUCUCAGAGGGACUUUGCCCCUCUCCUGUGUCCCCAGCUUUAGCUGAAGGAGCAGGUAGCAGUUCCCUGCGUUUGCCUUGGGGUGGCUUCUCCCCAAGAAGCCCUCAUCCCACACAUCGUGGGGUGAGAUCCCCUCCCCCCAAGGCCUCCAGGGUUCUAGAUUGCAGGUGUCUCACAAAGGGCAGGAGGUUUCCCUUCUCCAUGGAAACCCUGCUGCCACCAAACAUAUCCCAUCGUGCACAUACCAAGGCUCCUCUCCUGUCCUGGGGAGGGACACGGAGGUUCACCUCUCUGCCUGCAGGUUGCUGGUGGUGAGGUGCUGUCAUCUCAUCUCUGCUAGGUCCUUCCAAGCUUCAUCUUCUGAGCUGUCUGGCUCCAUAGGUGCUUACUGCUGGAUGUGUACACUUUGCAAUGCAGAGAUUGGAUGAUGUCAGUCGUACUCCAAACACCAGUUUGGGGUAUGCAGGGGUCCUACAGCCACAUCUGAAUCCCCUUCCUCCUUCCAGGACCCACAGCAAGUCUCUAGAUCCCUUGCCCCUUGGGGCAGUGGGGAGGAGAAGAUCUGGUAUGCCGGCUGGUGACGGAAUGACUUCUUCUGGUCCGGGUUCCUGGUUCACCACAGAGGAUGCAAUGAGGAAACCAGUGCAUUCAAAGCCACCUGUUUCACUGGGUAUGUACAGGAGCAUGUACAAGAAGGACUACACAUGGAAGGAGGAGAGCAAACCACCCACUGAGGAGGACGUGAAGAAGCUCAGAGCCAAGGAGUUUGCCGUGCCCCAGGAGCCACGGGCGAUGCCAUACUAUGACAAAGCUGUUGGGGAAGGGAGAGAGGUCACACAAGAAGGCAUUGCCCUCAGUCCCAGAGUGCUGCAGCAGGCUCAUGAAGAGCAGAGAAAGCACUUCAGUUCUGACCUUCCCCUUGCAGAAAGCCAUGCACCAAAGCAGUACCUCACCACUGAACUGACAGCAACCCCGGUGGACAGACUGGAGAGACCACAGGGUCUCAGGGGGCUGGAAAAGGAACUGUCCUCUUCUCAGCACCUUCAGGCCACUGUUGGUGGCCCAGGAGAAGCAGGGAUGUUGCUGUAUAGGCAGAAGCUGGAUCCAACCUGGGGUACCUACCAGCACUUCAUGCUGGAUGCAGGCCAGGCCCUGCAACACGAGGCUCAGCAGAACAAGAACAUGAACCUGGGCUCAUCAGUUUUGACGGAAGAGUGCUUUGACCAUGACCGGAGAAGCACCUACAGCAUCGACUUCCAGGGCCAGCCUGCAGCCCACAGUGGAAGCUGUAUAGCAAAUAAGAAUCUAUCUCACAUUUUCACUGAAGAUGAACGCUUCCACAAGAACCACUGGGUGUCUGAAUACAAGGACAACUACAGCAUUCACUUGCAGAAGCUGAAUCGGGCAUCUCAAGGCCACAGUGCGGAGCUUGGCUCUGCCUUGAAGCCCCAGGGGCUGUCCUCCCAGAGUGAGGUUGCACCAGACACAGCCCAGUGAGUGGUGCUGCAUGAGCAGAGUCAGCUGUCCCUACAGUCAACGUAUUUCCAGCAAUGGCAGAACAAGGUGACAUCCAUCUCCAUUUUUAAAUGGCUUCGUGGCCAGAAAAGAUUGGUUUUGUUUUGUGAACAAAUAUUGCUUUGAAGGAAUCCCUCUUUCCCCCAGUUUCAUCCCCAGGAAGGAGAGAAAAAGUGCCUGAAUGUGAGCUCCAGCUUCCUGGAGACAGGCAGAAACCAGAGGCUGGAGAUGACAGUCACCCACUAAACCACUUCAGUGUGUAGUGCAGAUGCCAUCCUACAUUGCAAUGACCGCUCUUCUGGGACCAUCACUGCCUGAGUCACCUCCUCAUAAAGCUGCUCCCAGAUUCAUGUUUUCCACAGUUACUUCACAUCCUAUAAUAGAGGUUUUACUAUUCAAA